AGCUUAUUCAGUCAAAGUAUCAUGAGGAAAGACUGUUAGCAGUUAUAAAUGUAGUGACAAAAUUUAAAAAUACACAAGAUCCAGUAGAGCUUACGGAAAUUUUUAGAUUUUUUGUUGAGCAAAUGCGAGAAGGAGUUAAUAACUGGGACUUGGUUGAUUCCUCGGCAAGCCAAAUCGUUGGGGAAUUUUUGAAAGAUAAACCUGAUAUUAAACGACUAUGGUUAUAUGAUAAACUAGCAGUAUCAAAACGAAUCUGGGACAGAAGGAUUGCAAUAGUAUCGACACAAUGUUUUAUUAAUAAUGGUAAAUAUGAUGAUACGUUAAAAUUGGCAGAAAUGUUUUUAAAUGACACAGAAGAUUUGAUACAUAAAGCAACAGGAUGGACAUUAAGGGAAGUGGGCAAGAAAUCAAAAUCAACCCUUAUCAAGUUUUUGAAUCAACAUGCACAUCAAAUGCCAAGGGUAAUGUUGAGAUAUAGCUUGGAAAAGUUUUCUGGACAAGAACGAAAGAAGUAUAUGACCAUAGGGAAAAAGUAA